AUGGGAGGAUGCGCCAUUUGCGAAAAGAUCAACUCUGUCAUUGAGCAGAAAAAACUGAAAGGCCAUGUCUCCGCGGACCUUGGCCUUAUCGAUGAGGUUUUGGUCUCGAAAUGCCGCCAACAUGUACCGCUAUUGGACUGGCUGUCGAAAAUUUUGGAUUUCCACGGAUCGCGUGGUAUGCUAGAAAUCCGCCGAGAUUACUUCUCAUCAUCAUUCAACUUCUCCAACAAACCCGCCAACGAAUCACACUACUUUUGGCACACCAGUCCCUACUUUGAUGUAGUACGGAGUCAAGAAAACCAGGCCUUCGGAUUCGGAAUCCGGCUUGACCCGUCCUGGGUCAAUACCGACAGGCUUCUGCGGUGGUACAAUAAUUGCAUUAUUGACCAUGAAGAGAAGAAAUGUUCGAGUCCUGAUUUCUUACGCCAGCUUCCAGCGCCUGAGCCACAGCUGUUCAUCGACACCCUUGACAGGUGCCUGACUCGAGCUCCCAAGGGUUCGUCGUACAUGGCUCUGAGCUAUGUAUGGGGCAGGGUCAAGACGGUCAAAGUAACGAAAGACAACCUGGACCUGCUGAUGGAGCCGGGAGCCCUGGACCAACUUUUGGCGAGACGCGAAAUCCCAAAGACAAUCCGACAUGCCAUCUACCUGGCCCAACUAUUGCAACAGCGAUACCUUUGGGUUGACAACCUUUGCAUGGUCCAAGACGACUUUGACAUGAUGAACCACCAGUUGGAUCGCAUGGCAUCCAUCUUUGCCAAUGCCGAUGCUGUCAUCGUGGCGAUUGAUGGCCCGAAUGCUGAUUAUGGACUUCGAGGCUUGAAAGAUGCCCCGGACCAAGAACCACGCCACGUCAGGCAAUUGACACUCCCUUUUGGUGAAAAGACGCUACUCAAGCGGCAUGAGAUCGGGGAGCACAACCACUCCUCGCACCAGAAACCGUACUUCACGCGUGGUUGGACGUUUCAAGAGCACCAGUUUGCCCGGAGGCGCAUCUGUUUUGAGGAAGACAGCUUUUGGUUCCAGUGCUGCUGUGCAACAAAUUACGAGGACCACGAGCAUACAGAGCAACCCGAUUUCACACGAGAUUGGACGUUUGAUGUCGGAUAUCCCGCUCUCAACAUAUAUUCCGACAUGAUCAAAGACUUCAACCAGAGACAGCUCAGCUUCCCACAAGACUGCUUGUCCGCAGUUGCUGGCAUGAUUUCAUGCUAUACCAAGGCUUUCAAGGGAGGCUUCCUGUGCGGCUUGCCAGAGAUGUUUUUCGAUGCCGCACUACUUUGGCAGCCUGGAGGCGACCUGGAUCGAAGAGUACCCAUUGCAACUAGCACUGCCUCACCUGCCUCGGAACCCUGUCUUCCCACAUGGUCUUGGGCCGGCUGGCGUGGUCCGAUUGACUUCGACGACUGGGCGACUGGAAACGACUGGGUGGCUGCAUGCCGCGGGAUGAUCCUCACGACAGAAUGCCAAGCAUUCCGGAUAACUGACUGGUAUACUGGUACCGACCCUGACGGUGCUGACAAACGACGAAUCGAGGAUGAGUGGUGUACUUGGAGAGAGCGCUACAAGCACGAAAGCAGCAAAUUGCCAGAAGGCUGGAAGAAGCAGUUGCGGGACCCAGAAGAGGGAUUGACGGUGGAGAGACCUCCUGAUGGUCACGGCAAGAAUCUCUAUACGCAUGAUUCUUGCAGUGCCAGAUUCUGGUAUCCCAUCCCGCUUUUCGAUCCCAGCACCCAACCAAAACCGAAACCAAACACUCGCUACCUCUUUGGUUCCGUACAAACGGCGCAGCUCUAUACGCAAGGUGCCGUAUCCACUCCCGAGGUCCCUGAGAAGGUCUGGAUGAGUACCAAGCGAAACUCGCCGCGCGUAUCCCUGUGCAACUCCCGGAACGAAUGGGCGGGCGUACUACGGCUACAUAGUCGCGACUACUUGGCAAAAGCUGGGAUUGAUCCUGCUGAGUCCAAACAUGCACUGCAGCUGAUUGCGCUAUCUCGAGGAUCCAUACCGAACGGGCUCGAUUAUGGCAACUCCUACAUAGAAGAGUACCUUACGGAGCAAAGACCAAGGCAAGAAAAGAUGUACGAAUACUACAAUGUCAUGUGGAUCACUUGGGAGGCAGGUGUUGCCCGUCGGGAAGCAGUUGGACGAGUGCACAAAGAUAUGUGGGAAUCUUUGGAGCCGUCGGUGAUUGAUGUUGUAAUUGGAUGA